UAAGACGCUUCGUGUUCGCGUAUGUUUGCAUGUACGGUGUCUUUUAUUCUUUUUAAUUGCGAACUUCGAAAUAAAUUCUUGAAGUAGUUUAAAUCGUUUGUGCGGUGAAAGAGGCCUCAAGGAUGAUCAAGCAAGAGGAGAGUCAAAUACCAAAUAAUGAUGAAAGAGACAGAAGUAGGGAACGUGAUCGUAAUCGACGAUCGGAUAGACAAACUCGCAUAAAUUCUACUAGCCGUGAUCGAAGCAGAGAACGUAACGAUCGUGGUGGCAGAAAAGCAUCAGAUCGUCGUAUUUAUGUAUCGAACAUUCCCUACGAUUUUCGAUGGCAAGAUCUUAAAGAUCUUUUUCGAACCGAGGUCGGAAAAGUCGCGCACGUUGAACUUUUCACAGAUGAAAAUGACAAACCAAGAGGCUGUGGCAUUGUUGAAUUUGAAGAUUCAGAUUCUGUAAAGGUUGCUGUAGAAAAAAUGCACAGAUACGAUAUCAAAGGGAGAAAACUUGUGGUAAAAGAGGACUUUGACAUUGAACGUGAUAAAUAUGGUCGUUUGGCAACAGCUCGUAACAAUGACAGAGUUCGUGAUGACAGAUUUAGGGAUCCACCCAGACCACAGGGUGGUGGGAGACAAAAUAUGAAUGCUCCUAGUGGUGGCGGUGGUGGUGGUGGUGGAGGCGGCGGCGGUGGGGGUGGUGGAGGUGGCGGAGGCGGUGAUAAUAAAUUUGGAAAUACCUAUGGUCUAAGUACCCAGUUUUUAGAAUCCUUAGGCAUUAACGGGCCAUUAGUUACUAGAGUAUUUGUGGCAAACCUUGAUUAUAAAGUGGAUGAAAAGAAGUUGUUAGAAGUAUUCAAAUUAGCUGGUAAAGUGCUGCAUGUUGAGUUAGGGAAGGAUAAAGAUGGAAAAUCGCGAGGAUUCGGAGUUGUAGAAUAUGAUCAUCCGGUAGAGUCGGUACAGGCUAUAUCCAUGCUUCACAAUCAGCAACUUUUCGACAGGCGUAUGACUGUUCGACUCGAUAGAGCAAAUGAACCAGACAUGCCGCCAAAAUUACCAGAAGGUUUGAAGGGAAUUGGAAUGGGCCUUGGAGCUGGUGGAAAUAGAUUAAUGGAUGUAGCUAGAAAUAUUCCCAAUGUUCAAGCAAACAAUCCACCAGUUGUAAAUCCUAUUUCUGCUCCUGUCUUGGCUGCUGGAGCCUUUGGUGCUGGUUUAAAUAACGUUGUACCUGCACAAUUAGCAUCCGCGUUGACAAACACAAAUGCUGCAGCUCUUCAAGCAAGCCUUGCUGGAGGUUUAAGUGCAAACUUGACCACCAGUUCUCUGCUGAAUUCAUCUUUGACAAAUGAAUUGGCUUCUAAUUUAAAUAGUUUUGGCGGAGGAGUCGGAGGUUUGUCUAAUUUACAGGCCUCAUUAUCUGGCGGAGGAGGCAACAAUUCGUUCGCACCGCGAGGCUUAUCUAAAAUGGACAAUGAUGUAGGCUUCGGUGGAAACAAUGCUUUUGGUGGUUCUAACUUCGGCGGCGGCAGAGAUUUUGACAGUGGAUUCAACAGAGACAAUGAUCGCGGUCCCGGCGGCGGCGGUGGUGGUUUUGUCGGGAAUCAAGGUCAAGGAGGAGGUGGUAACAGACAGAAUACGAAUGGUUCGCGACCGAUGUCGGAUACUGUUCUUAUAGGAAAUCUACCACCAAACACGACGUGGCAAAUGUUACGUGAUAAAUUUCAAGAUGUUGGGGAGGUCAAAUUUGCUGAAAUGCGGGGCACCGACAUGGGAAUGGUGCGAUUCGCAAAUGAAUGGGAUGCUGACCGUGCUGUGUCUAUGAUGAAUCGAUCACGUAUUGACGGCAGAACGAUUGAUGUUCGUCUGUACUAAAAGCUGGAAAACACACUUAAGCGAGAGGAGACUGGGGUGUUCGUAUGUCGUCUGCAGGAUUGUUCCACUCCUGAUGACAAUACUUGAAAUUCAUCCUAGUUGUGUGGCAGAACUUAGGACAGUGGGUGAGAAGUAUCUGUCGUUGGAAGAUCAACAAUCGUGUUUUAAUGCCUACUUCAACGUCGAAACACUUAUUGGCUGCCGGUGAUCACCCUUCCUUUCUACGACUGUUUCACUUAAAAUUCUUUACCAGAUUAUCGUUCCUUUUUACAGUGGAAGUCUAUUAAUGGUUCACUCCCAAAAUCAGUUUUUUCGAGUGAUUGAUACAUAGUUUAAUUGUUAGGUUUAGGUUCAUAAUGUUCAACGUAAUCUGUAGGUUUUUCAGUAUGUAGGAGUAUGCUAUUUACAGUAAUUAUCAAACGUAGCUUGUAAGUUUAUUUCUUAGUUUUCAUGACGAGAGAUCAAUCAGUUUUCCCACAUUCCGGUUGAACGUGACGCUCUGGUCGUUCGCGGACUGGUCAAUCGAUCAGGGACGGAUUAAUCUUUCAAGCAUAAAUAUUUACGCGAUAUAGCUAUUACGGGCUUUACAAGUUAAAGUUUAUCCAUGUAUGAUAGAUACUUUCAUGCACAAUCCUACACAGAUCGUGGAUGUGUGUCGAUUUUUCUGUGGUAUCGGUCGCAAUCUAUUCUUGUAUCUAAUACAUAACAAGAUACAUCAUGGCUCAACAGGGGACUGUGUAUUGUUUCCAUUGUAGUUCUACGGUCUGAUCUUUUACUCGUCGCGCCACAUCGUUCUAGUAAUUUGGAGAUUCAAGUAGUGUAUAAAAAUUUUAGUUGUCAUUAGGAUGGUCCCUUCUAGUUCACUCGCUUUGAGACUUCAGCGAACGAACAUUGGAUGACUUUGUACCCAAAAUUUGGCAGAAUUGUCGUACGAAUUGUGCAUCAUAAUAUGUUUACCAAAAAAUACGAAAUACGAAUGUUUCUCCAAAGGGCGAACAAUUUUUAAUAUCUUCUGGUGUUGAAAGAAAUGAACAUAAAAUAGGGGGUUUCCAGCUAAUUUUAUAACCAAAUUUUUUGGUAAACAUAUUUUCUCUCGCCAUGUAGAUCUCGAGGAACAUUCUGCGAAUUGUAUAACACUCUUGUAUAACCACAACAUCAUGACAGUGAUUGAAUAAAAUCCAAAUCCGUUUUGACUACAAAAAACAUACUGGUCGUUGUGUUUUAUUUCUGUGUUGUUGUGAUUCUUUAUACUUUAAGCAGGUCAAGCUGUGGAUAUGCAUUGGCAAGGAGAUAUAUAUAUCGUUUCUGCAAUUUAUGUGUGUAAUAUAUUUUUGCAGGAUGAGAAUUCCAACUCCAUUGCACUUUAAACUGGAAUUUCUGCUUAAAGAUUUUACAAUGUGUUCUUUAGAUGUAGAUAUCCCUAUUUACUUUUGAGAUACUGAAGCUCUGCAAUCCUUAUGAUGAAUAUUUGUUUAAAUCGCAGGUGAGAUACUUUUUCAGGUGAUUGUGGUUUGCUAUUCCUCUAUGCUGAAUGUAUUUCAAGAAGGAAUAAUUUGCUUGAAAUCUGUUAUCAAAAAUUUUAUCCUGUUGUACUGGAACAUUGUUAAAACAAUAUUCGGAUCGUCAAGUUAUACAUAGUAUUCUUUCUCUGAAGAUUGUUAACACAGUUUUACUGUAGAUUGAAGUAGUGUCUUAAAAAGGUUUCAGGGGAAGUUAAGACUAGAUGGUAAUGUGGCAUUUCGUUCCUAACACUGUGGUUGAUUCUUAUUUAUUAUAGCAUUGAGAGUGCAUCUUCCACAUUCACUGAUAAUGAUGUUUGGUCUUAAAAAAUUGCAAAAUUUUAUAUGUUCUAUGUUGACUGAUGUAAUUUAAGAAGCGAACCCUCGGUUUGGUAAUUAUAACUUCUAUGGUAAGUGCUGGCGAAUUUUUUAUAUUCUGGUCUUUGCUACAGUUGCCAAGGAAACAUUUAAUGCGUGUUAUUAUGCAUAUUGUUACCUUUUUAAUAAUCGUCGUCGAUCUUCGCUGUGUGGUUGCCAAAUUUGUUUCUUAACAUUUGAAGGACGUUGUAUCUUUUUUUCUUAUAGUAUCAUUGAUGUUAGAUAGGGUCUUAUUUAAUAACGCAUGGGAUCGUGUGCAAUGGUGUUUGCUGUACUAUUUCCGUCGUAAGUGAUCAGACAUUCGUGUUUUUACUAUUCCAUGAGAAAUGUUAGUGGAAGGAUUUAUGUAACCAUUCCUAUGAAUAUUGGAAACUUAGGGACAAUAGAAUUUUCUCCUUGAUAUAAUUCAUACAUGUUGUGGUGGCCAAACAUUUAUUUAAAAGGAAAGGCAUUAGAUAUUAUUUAUAAAAAUCAAAUUUUUAGGAUGCUGGUGCGGAUUAAAUAUAUUUUGGAUAUAUUAUUAACUGGUGAAUAGCAGCCAACACUUUACACGAAAAUGAGGUAAGUCUAAGAAUUACAAAAACAGAUUUUUAUGUAUAUAUGUUCUUCUUCCAGGAAAGCUAUCUUGCCUGAUCACAAGGUUGUCGAAUGGUAAGUGUCGUAAGGUGAAAUUCAGUGUUAUAUUUACGAAUAGAAAUACAAUAGUGUCUGUUUAUAUACAUAAGUUCUGCUCGGAUAUAUGGAAAAGAAUUAUCCUCGCCACAAUUUUCUUUUCUGGCGUACGAGACCGGUAAACUCGAACAACCAAGUAAACAAAACUCUGCUCUUAAAGCUAUAAAACUGUUGUCACACCAUACAUUUUAGCUUGAUAUAAAAAAAAAAUGAUAAUUCAAUUCCUAGAAUGAAUUUUAGAUUUAGAUUUGGGUAGCCCGUUGUUUUCUUAAAUUAUUUAUUGUUUAUUUUUGUAUAUAACCGGAAACUAUUGCAAAUAAACAUUGCGUUAUAAUAUUAAUCACAUUUGUAUUUCCACAGUAUUUAUAUUAUAAAACAGUUAAAUUGGGUGAGUAUAAGAUAUUUUUUUUAGAGAAUCAGUGUUUGUGAAAAACGAUAAAAGUGUGUGAAUCAAUCGCCGAGAUAAAAAAAAAACCUGUUUGAAAAGUAUAAAUAUGUUGAGUUUGAAACACCGUCGACGAAAUUAUAAAC